AUGUAUCAAAUCCUUUCGGAUGCCGACUCAUCUGUAUCUGAUAUGGAAGCCGUCUUAAGUAAAUUGGCACCAAUAAUUCUGAAGAGCAAAGAUAAACCCAAAGUUGAGUACGUUCUGAAUAUGGUCAAAAUUAUGAUCGAGAAUCGGAUCAAAUUGCUGUUAUCGUUACCAUCACAAAUAUGGCAUUGUUUUACCUCGGGUACCCCUUUAUCAGAGCAAGUAACGAAAUUAGGACAAACAAUCAUUCGUCUUCAGGAAUUGUACCUCGAAUACAUACCGAGUUGCAUUGUUGACUUACAGCAAACCGAAGUGGGCAAGGAAGCGCAAAAAGCAAUCGAUGAGAUCAACAAGCACAAAAUGACUGAAGCAGAGGUACUUGCUCAACUUGACGAGACAACACGAAAAGAGGUGCAACAAUAUUACGCGAAAAUCAAACAAACUCAUCAACAACUGAUCGAAGAGCUUCACGGAGUAGCCACAGAAUAUAAGGCUGAAAAGGACAAAGAGGCAGCACAGAAGCAUUCUUCAUCAAAGAAGGUCGAACACGAGAAGAAGGACGAUAAGUCAGCUGAUGCACACCACGAAAAGGACAAAUCAGAAUCGAGUAAAGACGAAAAAGAAGAGAAACACGACGAGAAGAAAUCAGCGAAGAAAACGAAAGACGAUGAAGUCCAUCUAANCGAUGAACAUGAAAAGAAGAAGGAAGAUCACGAACAUGAUGACCAUAAACAUGAACACGAGAAGGAAGACGGAAAGAAAAGCAAAAAAGCGUAG